CUCCACCGCGUCCAUAUAUAACCACCCCGAUUCGAAAAUCCUCCUCCUCCCGUUCCUCUCUCUCCGCUCGAGGCCUCGCUCGCUCGCCGUCCCAGAUCCGAACAGCCUCGCCCUCCGAACGCCGGCGCGCGCACGCGGGAAAGGGAUAAUGGCCGCCGCCUUCGAGAUGUACCGGCGGUCCGCCAUCGGAAUGAGUCUCACGGAGACGCUGGACGAGAUGGUCUUCAGCGGCGCGCUCACCCCCGAGCUCGCCAUCCGGGUCCUCCUGCAGUUCGAUGAGUCCAUGAGCGCCGCGCUGGAGAAGAAGGUGACGAGCAGGGCCUUCUUCAAGCAGGGCAGUCUGCGCACCUACAAUUACUGCGACAACGUCUGGACUUUCAACCUCAGAGACGUCAUGUUUAGGAACGAGGAGAUGUCGGAGAAAAUCCCCAAGCUCAAGAUCGUGGCCUGCGAUUCCAGUUUGGUCAAGCCUAAGCCUCCACAACAGUAGUAACUUGUCUGAUGUCUGGAUUACAUGGAUAAAAUAGCAAUUCUUCACGUGUUCAAGUGCAUUCUUUUUUCAAGGACAGGCAACCAAAUUGGUUGUUGUCAUCGCAAUAUGGUUGAAAAAGGAGUUUUUACAAGAAUUGUAUUACACACGGCCUUGCCGUUUGCUUACAGAAUUUAAUCUACUCCUCUC